AUGUUCUCACAACUCCCCUAUCUACAUCCUCCAUAUGUAUCAGCAGUGGCCCAGACAAUAAGCCUCUCAUUUGCCCAAGAUCCCCUGAUUCGAUGGCUGCGUCCGAAGGCGCCCCUCUGGUCGCCGAGCCAAUCAGAUAUCAAUAAUUGGCAAUAUCGACGGAUCCAACGAGCAGUAUUGGAAGGAGUCGUCCUCCGAUCUUCAUCAGCAGCUGAACUCGCCCAACAAUUUCCACCGAGAGGACAGCAAGAGCACCUCCCAGACUGCCUUGCUAUCCCACCGAGGAGCCAACAAAGAUGGACAUUGCCACGGAUUUCCCUAGCGCUACGGUUGUGGUUUUUGGAUUUGCGAGACCCCGUCAACGACAAUGGGGCAGAUGAAAAGCGUGUAGAGAUGUUGUUGGACACGCACGACAGGUCGAUGGAUAUGAUAAAUGACAGGUAUCACGUCAAAGAUCUAUGGUAUUUGGAAGUAAUAGCUGUCCAUCCAUCCCUUCAGGGGCGAGGGCUGGGCAAGAUCGCGAUGAACGGUAUCCUAGAGUAUGUAGAUCAUCAGUCGAUAGUUCUAGAAUGUACGGCUGAACAGAAUGUAGGAUUCUACGCAGCCUUAGGGUUUGAAGUCAUCGAGAAGGUCAAUCUGGCUGAUGGAGGUGAAGCCGUCGACUGUUGGGUUAUGCUGAGGAAGGCAGCCCAAAAGAAAGUGGAUAGUUCUCGUUAG